GGCGGCGGCGGCGGGCGAGGCGCGCCGGGUGCUGGUGUACGGCGGCAGGGGCGCUCUGGGCUCGCGAUGCGUGCAGGCCUUCCGGGCCCGCAACUGGUGGGUUGCCAGCAUCGACGUGGUGGAGAAUGAGGAGGCCAGUGCCAGCGUUGUUGUUAAGAUGACAGACUCGUUUACAGAGCAGGCUGACCAGGUGACCGCUGAGGUUGGAAAGCUCUUGGGUGAAGAGAAGGUGGAUGCAAUUCUCUGUGUGGCUGGAGGCUGGGCUGGGGGCAAUGCCAAAUCCAAGUCUCUUUUUAAAAACUGCGACAUGAUGUGGAAACAAAGCAUGUGGACAUCAACCAUCUCCAGCCACCUGGCCACUAAGCACCUCAAAGAAGGAGGCCUCUUGACCUUGGCCGGUGCCAAGGCUGCCCUGGACGGGACUCCUGGGAUGAUCGGCUACGGCAUGGCCAAGGGUGCUGUCCACCAGCUCUGCCAGAGCCUGGCGGGGAAGAACAGCGGCCUGCCGCCCCGGGCCGCCGCCAUCGCCGUGCUCCCGGUUACCCUAGAUACUCCGAUGAACAGGAAAUCAAUGCCUGAUGCUGACUUCAGCUCCUGGACUCCCUUAGAAUUCCUAGUUGAAACCUUCCAUGACUGGAUCACAGGGAAAAACCGACCCAGCUCAGGAAGCCUGAUCCAGGUGGUAACCACGGAAGGCAAGACAGAGCUUACCCCAGCGUAUUUUUAAGCUUCUUCACUCUGCCUAAGAGGAGCCGCCAGAGGAGCCACCAGCCUGUCCCAGUGCGCCACGCCUGGUCCCUGUGUCCUGUCCUGUCUGUGGUUCGAGGUGGCGAGUCCUGUUUCCUCUCACCAUCUGUGCAUCUGCUCUGGAUGUCAUAAUGUGUUUGUGGGAGCUAGCAGGUGCGGCUGGAGGCCUGCAUUUACGGUCGCACUGUUGGACUGCAGAGGAGGUCCCCGAACAGCCUAUCCGUGUCGGUGCCAUGUCGGAUUGUGCUUGAGACUCUUCUGCCCCCGACAGUGGCUGUCGUCUUCACUAGCAUGGUGACUUGUUGCUGUCAGGGGCAUUGAGGGCCAAGUUAUCUUUGAGUGUCACAUUUCUGUUGUAGAUGUAGUUGUAGUGGCCUUGAAUUAAACUGCCUUAAAACUCUCUGUGGUGUGAGCAAAAAAUGCUGUGGAUUCUGUCAUGGUGUCCUUUUUUUCCUGCAGUUGCCAAAUGCCCCCAGGCCAGGGGCUCCGUUCACAAGAGAACUACUUGUGAGUCUUCGGAGUGUUUUUUUUUUUUGUUUUUUUUUCCUUCAAAUAAAUGCACUGCACUCA